AUGCUUAAUGGGGCCACUGGGCAAGUGCUGGUUACUGUAGCGUCAGAAGACUUGUCAUAUGGGAUCGGUCGUCGUCUUCUUCUUCUUCUUCCUUUUACCAGCCUACUACUCUGUUCGUGUUCUUCAUAUAGAGCUACAGUGUCUUGGUUCCAUCAUCUUACUAUUGAGUGGCUUACUGCGGUGGAGCUUGGACUCCUAAGGGGCCGUCAUCAUCUUCUAAAUGAUGUUGACAUCACCAUCAAUCCUUCAAAAGGCUUAGCUCUCACAGAAGAUAGGUUGACUGGUAAAGGAAGAAACACUAAGAAGCUUUUGGAUCUUUCUAGAUCAAAUUCUGUAAGUGGCUAUUCCGUUUGUCCUACAAGAGACAUGUUAGAAGAUGGUGGUACAUCUGCUAGCAUCCACCAGCAGUCCGGACAAGAUUCGCUCAAAGAUUUGUCAGCAGAGACCAAACCUUUUGAAGGAGAGUUGGUCAAAGAGGAAUCUGUACCUGAAGAUGGUGAAAUAGGGCAAGUUUUACAAACUGCACAAGUAGAUAUCAAUAUGCUUGAUGUAACUAUGCCCGGAACUUUGAAAGAAGCAGAGAAGCAGAAGGAUCUCUAUAAAAUCAUGAACUUUAACACAUUACAAGUCUACAUUAACAUAAUCAGUGCGACUAGCUCAACUUCAUAA